CACUGCAACGGACACUUUUGAGCUGCAAUACGCCUACGGCCGUUGGGGUGUGAUCCAGUCAACGGGCACAGAAGAGCGCGACUUCAAUCUCUGCCCGUCACAGAGUCUACAAAAGCUCGAUCCUGAGUACAUCAUGCAGAUCACGUACAUCCUGCCCUGUCUAAGUUGCAAUGGCGAGCUUUGGCUCCGGAGCAAUGUCAGGCAAAGCAUUGCCAAAUUCGCCACAAACAUUCAUACUGGAGAUUGCCCAUUGUCAUCAGAAUGCCAUCAGCUUGGCUGGCUUCACGCUUGACUCUGACACAGAUUGGACGGUCCUCCCUGCGCGAUGGCCUGGUGUCAAGCAUCUGGCGGGAGUCAGGCCACGUCUGCAGCGUAACAUAUGCUUCGACAAUGCGACCAAAGCAAUCAGAUCCAUGUCCGUUUGGCGAGCUAUCGUGCUUGGCUACAAGUGGCAGAUCUCGGAUACAGUGUAA